GACGAAACCGCCACGGCUUAAGAAUUCUUCCGCGGGUCUUCCAGCCAACAACUUUAGAGUUCUUGGUUGUGAGGUGUUUGUGUCAGUUGGUCUUUUGCAGCGAUCAAGAACGAACGUGUCUUUCUCUCGUACACGGAGCAAUAAAAUUUCACAAAUACUCACAGACUCAACAACAUAUAUAUUUACAUAUAUAUAUUUAUACAUAUAGUAAUAUUGUGGUGUAGUUCUAUAUAUAAUAGUGCAACAAGUUGAAAAAUUGGUUAUUAGUGUUCGAUUAAUUGGCGGAAAGAGUCUCUUGUUUUGUGUCUUCACGUAGCAGAAAUGGCGAAAAUUAUUUUAAUCUGUUUACUGAGCGUAUUAGCCUGCGUCUCAGGUCAGCGCAUCACCACCAUUCACUUGGAUGGCGUACAAUACUUCAUUAGUCGCAUGAAUCCCUAUUCGCCUGAACUUAAUUAUUUCCUUGCCUAUCAGUAUUGUCGUUCGUUGGGUCUGCAGUUGGCGUCGUUCGAAACGAAAGAGAAAGCCGAAUCUAUGACGACAUAUCUAAAGAAUGCCGGUUAUGGUAAUUAUGAUUUCUGGACUUCCGGUAAUCGUUUGGGCACCGGCAUGUUCUUAUGGAUGAGCACUGGCCUGCCGUUCAAUGCGACCUUUGACUUCUUCGAGAACUCGGCCGAUGCCAUCCAGGCUGGUCUGCUCGAUCCCGUUGAUCAUAAUAGCAAUACAUCGCCACAACGGACGGCGCGCGACAGCAGUAGCGGCGCUGAGAAGGGUUGCGUCAUUUUGAAACAACCUACAUUGAAAUGGAUGCCCGAAGACUGUUCGGCUGUAAAAGAUUUCAUUUGCGAACAGACCCGAUGCUAUUACUACAAUUACGGCAGUAUUCCAGUGUCAUCGGCGCAGGGGUAAGGACAUCAAACUACUACACUUACCUAAAAUCACUGAAUUCACAAAUCAACCAACAACAAAAACAAAUAAUUCAAUAAUAAAAUUAAAGAAAACUUAAACACUCACUAAAACUAACAACAAAAAUUAAAGAUAUAUAAAAGUAAUUGAAAAUAAAGAGAGCAAGAGCUAAAUGUGCGAGAAAGAGAGAGAGAAAUCACAAAGAUAUUUAAUGAAAAAAGGAAAGAAGCUAUAUUUAGAACCGCUAAAACUUGCUAUAAAAUUGUGUCAAAUAAUAUUUAACCAACAACAAAUCUCUUGCACAAAAACAACAACUGUUUAAAUGCUAAGCGAGAUAAAAUAGCGUUCUGCGUGAAUUUGUGAAAUUGUUUAUUAAAGUAAUCUAUUUUUAUAUAAUACGCUAAUUUUUGUAAAACUGAGUAUAUACCAAGCAAUAUAUACACAUAUAUAUUCACCAACACAAGCGCAACAAUGAAGCGUCAAUAAACAAAAAACAAUACUUACAAAUAUAGCCGUCCAGUCACCUCUACCACUUCACGCCCCACUGUCGACCCCACCAAGCUGAGCCUAUCCACUACUCCGUUACCGCUCACCAUGUCCACGUACACACCUUUCUCGAAGCGUUCCCAUCAGGAUGACGAGCAUGAUGAGCCGCAGCUGUCUUUCGUUUCCUUGAAUCUCGAUCACGAUCUUGAGAGCGGCGAGGAGGAGGCCAAGAACGAUGAGCAUGACAAUGAGCACGAACACGAACAUGAACAUGAUAGCUUCGAUGCUGACGAUGAAGAGACUGAGGAUGAGAAGAAGCGCACAUUACCCGUCUAUGAGGGCAACAAUGAUUUGCAUAUUGUCAACAGCAAAGAAUCGGCCGAACAUCAAAUUGAACAAGAUGUACACCACGAUGCACAACAACAACAGGAUGCUGGCGAAGAGGAUGACGAUGACGCCGCCAACGAAGAGAACAACUCGGCUACACAUGAGGAUAGCGGAGAUGAUGUGGACACCAAGCGCAAUACAGUUGGUGAAAAUCAAUUGAAGACUUUGCCAGUACCGGCUAUCGCCGCGCCCGCUGACGUGCCCACUGUUGAAGUGCGUCUCAAGCAGAUCUCACAGGAGAUUGAAAAGAUGGCCGCUGCCAGCAAUGAGAAUCAACGUCAUAAUAUUCCGGCGGCUGGUGUAUUACAUCAUGACAAUAACAACAAUGAUGUCGAUCGACAAUCGUUCCUCUCGCUCACCGAUCUCAUACGUACACUACGUCCGAAUAAUAAACAAAUCAUACCACAAAUCGAUUCGGAUUAUUCGAAUGCUAUGCGUGUGCUAGGCGAGACCUCAGAGGUGGUUAAUAAUGAGGACGCGCAUAAGUUCUAAGGCAUGAUUAUAUAAUGAAGAAAAAAAAGUGCGAUAGAGUAAGAGAGCGCAAACAGCAGAACAAAAGAAAGCAGAGACCUUAAGAAGAGAGAGAGAAAGUGAGCUUGAGCAAACAAGGGAGAAAAAGUGCAAAAAUAUAAGAGAAAUAAACAAAAUGAUGUGAGAAAGAGACAAAGCGCUGUAAGAAAGAGCGAAGCGCUAGAAAGAAGAAUUUAUAUAUGAGACAGGAAGAAUUUUAAACGCGGCAACGGAGACAAUAUACAUGUAAACUACAUACCACUAUUUAGCGCAUAGAUCCUUACGAUCUCGAAUUAACUGUUAUGCGGUAAAAUUUAAAUUUAAAGAAAGAAAAAAAAAGUAUUUGAGAAUAACUUGAAAGAGCAUUAUAGGUUAUACCCACCACUAUUGUAAACUCUAACUAAGUAACUAUUGAUCUUAAAUCGUAAAUCCUAUAUUUAGUAAUUUUGCAAACGAGCUCGAAUCGUGUUGCAAAAACUUUAACUAUACGAACUAUGCCUUAAAAUGUAGCGUUAUGCUUCAGUAAAAUAUUUUUUAUAAUGAAAAUUUAAUUAUUUUUUGAAGUCUGAAAAGUAUUGAAAUAAAUAUUGUACGUUUCGGCUUGGCGGCAGGUGAUCACGAGUACAACGGGUACGCGUAAAACUGCAACGAAUACAGCGAGCGAGCAACGGAGUUACAGUGAGUGCGCCAACUUAGAUUAACAACGAGUAGACGAAUACUGUACCGGCGCACGUUUUGUGUAUGUUCGUUUGCAGUGGCCGAAACGUGCGAGUACUUUCACAUGGCGUUAGUAUUAACAAAAAUUAAGUAAAAAUAUAAAUGAAAACAUAAAAAUUAAUAAAUUAUAAUUUAAAUUUAAUAAGCGCUUGCGACGAAAACUACUUAACAUGCAACGGAAAUUUCAUGAAUAUAUUUGCAAUAAAAAUGCUUUUAAAUUUAUUUACAUACACAUAUUUUUAAUACAUAUUUCAUGCGAAAUGAAAAUAAAAUUUUAUAUGAAGCAUUGCAGUUUGAGUGUGUACGAAUUAUUUAAUAUUUACUUAACAAAAAAUAUAAAGAUUGCAAUAGAAGUAUGUACCACAAACGAUUGCUAUCGGCAGUAAAACUAUUGUAGACUUGUAAGUGUAAAAUUUAAUGUAUGUACGUACUCUUACAAGCAUAUACAGAGCAAAUAAAGAUUUGUGCGCGUAUAUGUAUUCAAUAAAAAACAUACAUAAAACUAUAA